CUGCAACAGCAUCACAGUCCUCAUCAGGCAGCAUUCGUAAGCAUCACAAUCAUGAACGGGUUCUCCGCUGUACUCCUGCUGGCCGUGGCCGGUCUGACGAACGCUUACCUCGACCAGGGAGUUUGUCCAGACUUCCAGAACAUCGCUGCGUUCGUAAUUCCUUCAUACAUGGGACGUUGGUUCGAAGCUCACAGGUUCCAAGCCGGGUUUGAAGACGGGAUGACGUGCGCUACCGCAGAUUACGCCGCAAUCGACGACACGACGAUCUCGGUCACGAACUCCGCCGUUCUCUCCGACGGGACGCUGGACGCGAUAAGCGGUACAGGAUCGGCCACGGGCGUCCCAGGUCAGCUCAUUGUCCAAUUUCCUGGUGAACCUGUCGGCUUCUACAACGUCCUGGCCACCGACUACGAGACCUACAGCAGCGUCUACUCCUGCCGCCAGAUCGGUGACUUGCGUGACCAGUACGCAUGGGUGAUGUCCCGCACUGAAGAGCUUGACGCUGACUCGCUCGCUGCUGCGCUGGACGCAUUCGAGUCUAACGGCAUCGACACGUCGCUGUUGCAGGCAACGCCACAAGGCGGUGACUGCAUCUACGCGCCCGUUCCUCCCAAGAUAUGAAGAAAAAAAUACAGAAUUACCAAGGAAAUUUAUGGAUACCACAUUUUCUCCAUAUUGCAUACAAUUUAACUCAUUGAAAGAAUAUGCAUACACGUACGAAUAUAAAUCAAUUUCAAGCAAAGUGA